AUGUCACUCGUGGUUUUGAGAGCAGGCAGAGGAUUUAGAGUGGGAGAAUCGCAGAGAGUUGAAUUUAUGCCAGAUAAGGGACAGAUAGAGGUGGAUGUACAAGACGGUUUAGCUAGAUUCUGCUGGAGAACACGCGCUACUGCGAGCUUAGAAGAGGAGCUGAUGCUUUUCCCGCACGACAGCAAACUCGAGCGUGUCCACGAGGAGCCAACAGGAAGAACAUUCAAGCUGACGUUUGAAUCGAGCCAGGCGGUGCAUUUCUUCUACCUCCAGAGUGAGCGCAGUGAUGUGUACAAGGAUAAGCUGGUAGACACGGUGAACGCCAUCAUCAAUGACCCAGAAAACGCUGCUAGUCUCCCAAAGCUGCCGACGGAAGCGUCAAUCAGGGAGAACAGCGCACAGCCCCAAUCCAUGGAGACCGAUUGA